CAGAAAGAAUGCUAGUAUCCACGCACAUGCAGCUGGAGGAGAGAGAACGACAAACGGCGAGGGCAAAAGGUGGAAAAUCUGUACGCAUGACUGCACCUCGAGUUCCCUCUGUCCGAGCACAAACCACGCGACCGCUUGUAAGUUCCGCGCAGGGGACACUGCUUCGAGAUAUGGAACAACAAGAGCAGCAUCUGCGUCCCUCGACUCCGACUAGUCCACGAGAACAAUAUCAAUCUGCACAUCAGGGUGCUGCAGUUGUAGGAAGUCUUCAGCAGCCCGCACAAGAAUUAUCUCCCCGAAGCUAUGGUUGGGGAUCAUUCUUCGGCGGGGGCCUUAUUGCUCGAUGGUUCGGAGGUGGGCAACAAGAACAAGGACAAGCUACCGGGAAAGCAGGUCCAUCGUCCUCGCCUCCACCUCUUGGACAAGAAGAUCAUCCUAGCAACCUGUCACCAAAAGCGCUUGCAGUGCGCGCCCUCAUGGCAAGGAAGGCAGCUGCGGCUGCGUCUGUUAUGGGUGUUGUAGGGAAUUCAUCUCGUCCCAAGUCUGUCAUCUGGAAGAAGAAAAAGACGAGUAGACCCAGGCGAUUCCUCCUGAGAUGAAUUCCUUAAUAUACCUCUAAGUCUGGUGGAGGUGGUGCACAUGCACCUUUUCCUCCAGCCGGUGGUGGUUGGGCUGGUGGUGGUGCACAUGCACCUUUUCCUCCAGCCGGUGGUGGGUCAGGUGGCGAACAACAUGAUGGGUUUCAUGGCGUCUCCAAGGCUCCCCUCUCACCAAAAGCACUAGCAGUGCGCGCCGCCAUGGCAAGAAAAACCGCGGCUGGGCCUGUACUAGUUGGACCUUUGAAGAACGCAGGAGGACAAUGGUUUGCCUUGCCCCCGGGAGCUGCGAACUCCUCACCCGGAGCUGGUUCAUCGCAAAAGGGACAAGGCAAAAGGCCAACUUCGGCACGGCAAACUGGUAUGAAUAUUAAGGCUUAAUACUCCUACUCAUCUUAAGAGGCCGGCAUCUUGGUGGAAGGGUUUUUUAGGUUUUGUAAGGGAAAAUGGCUACCAAGAUGCUCCUCAGGAUGAAUAUCGGUGGAGGAGGUGGUCCGACAUCAACUCGGUGGAAUUUCUAAGAAAAGAACGGGUGGACGAGGUGGCCCGACAUCAACUCGAGCUGCCGGAGCGUCCGUUACGUCGGGCAGCGGAGCUGGAGGCAACACGUUUGUUCUCGCACCGCUCCCAGGUGACAAGGAUCAUGCAGGGGACGGGAACGAGAACAGCAUGGGCAUGUGGAACCGGUCACCGUCAGUCGUUGCCGCUUUUGCCGCUGAAAAACAUGCUGCGCGGGCUGUCGCCCAGCCUGGUGCCUUCGCUGCUUCACGACAUGCCCAGUUACGGUUAAUAUUAACGUCAACCCAUCUUUUCCAACAGUAUCUUCUUUUGGCCGUUUAUUUCUACGUGAAAUAAAAACCCGAGCAGAGUAGAAAGAGAUGCUCUGUCUUCUAUCAAAACAAGAUACCUUUUCCUAUUCUAUCAAAAUACUAGAGAAAGAAGAUGCUCUAUCCAAACAAGAUGGGUUUUCAUCUGUGCCUCUAAUCAUGCAGGAUGGAGCGGAGAAUCGUCGAGUGCGGAUGGCUGGCGCGACGGUCCGGGAGAAGGAAGAAGAAACAAAGUACGUAGCGGAACUUCGCGAGACGUUGAUUAAGGCUCACAACAAUUCAUCUUGAUCUUAAGAAGCAUCUUUCUCUUUGACUCCUUUGUAUUUGUUAAGGAGAGAUAGAUAUAGAAGAACACGUCAUCAAAGACAGAAGAUGCGCUUGAAGCACACAAAGAAAAAACAACCGGUUAGUUUUUCCCUCAUACUAACUAGCCUAGGUUUAUCCCAACAAAUAAUAUACCUGAGGUCCUCCUCGUCUAUAUCUAAGUUGAGGAGGGAAGCGGAAUCGAAAAUACUGAGGCAAGAGACGGUACGAGGAAGUUGGAUGGCGGAGCAAUCGAUGAAAACUAAUAUAAAGAAAAAUCAGCGAAGAAAAAUACGAUUCGAGUAGGAGCUUUCCAUUCAGCCAUGAUAGGCACCAACAUAUUGAAAUUUGUCACACUCACUGGCUCAAUCUCACGCAAACUGUAACUCCCGUAGGUAUGAAAAUUCCAAGAAGAUGAAGUAGAGAAACAGGAUUACAAUUAUAUCACCACCACCUACAACACGUACACAGGAAGUACAAUUAUAUCACCACGGCACAUACACAGGAACAGGAUUACAAUUAUAUCAUCACCAGCACCACCAGAAGCUGCAUUAUAUCACCAUAAAUCCGGUAAGCAUACGCUUCUUAGACAAGAUAUCUCAUCGAGUUAUAUUUAUACUAUUUUAGCCAACUACAUCUUCAUUUCUCAACUUCAACAUAGUUGAUUACGGCUAGUAGCAUUAAACACAUAUCAAUAUCACUAUCUUCAACACUAAUAUCAACCAUCAAGAAGAUCAACCUUUAAAGCAUGUUGAAGAUUGUCUUCGAAUUAUUACCAUACCAUUAUACUUUACUUUGCAGGAGGGAGAGAUGCCGUUGACCUUCGUAGUUGUUUUCAGCAUUCCUUCAGUAUCUUAAUCUUCAUGAUCUUCACAUUCACAUAGUUGUCAUACACGACCACCUAAAACUACGAAAAUGUCCUAGCACUGGCUGAUCUACACUGUCAUUCUUAUGUCACAGUGUAUCUGGACUUGUAUCGAUCAUGAUGAUAGGAAAUAAC